AUGUUUUCUUUCAAUCCCUUCCACGCGCUGACAGGCAGCAACAAGACUCCUGAAGACAAAAACUUGACCACCUAUCUUGAGUCUGAACGCAAGAUUGGCGCCGCAUGGUUACGUCUCGCUGAUGAUCGCCGCAUUGCAGCCAACCAUCUCAAAAUGUUUGGUCAUCCCUUGGGUGACGAUCUCACAGAUGUCACAAGCAAAUUGGGAGACUUAUUGACCGAGUGGGCUGAAAUCAUGACCGAUUUUGCUGGGCAAUAUGAUCAAUACCAUGCUACGAUGAAAUCCAUUGCCGAUAAGGAGGCAACCGUACUUGGGGGUCGAGAAAAGCGUCAACGAUUGCAAGAGACCAUUCGCAAGCAUGAGGAAAAUCAUCCUGGUCAAGUGGAUAAGUUGAUGGAACUCAAGGAGCAAUUGGCCGAGCUGGAGCGUACCAAUGAACCUGCCGAGGUGAAUGCAAGCAAUUUUCAACGCAUUGCUACUCGAGAAGCCAUGUACCUCUUGUUGAACGGGAUGCAUGAAUUCGCAAGCAAAAUGGACAUUAUCGCAUCCUUUGGCAAAUACAUUGUGGAUGAGCUCGAUGUAACCCCUGUUCAGCCUGGUGAAGAACGUCCACCUUAUAAAGGCACUGAACAAACCACACGUAUUGUCAAAGACGCCAAACGAUCCAUCACCAAUUGGAGACCUGAUGGCACCAAACUACGUCGUACACUCACAUCACAUCAUGGCCAAAACCCACUCGUUGCUGAUCGUUCGGUUGAAGACAAACAAUUACCAGCACUACCACCAAAAAAGAAGGAUGAUGAGGAUCAAGUGGAAGAGGAAAAGCCCAAUGUACCGGAUGAGGUGGAUGAAGAACAGCAACAAGAACCUGUAAUGGUGCAGCAGCCCCACGACACACCUACAACACCUCAUCCUGAUCAUUCCUUUAAACCUGAUGAGCCUAUCAACAGCAACACUAUCACACCCACCAGCAGUGCACCCAAUAGUCCUCCUGGUAGUAAUCGCAAUUCUGGAGCAUUUGGUGUCUUUGGACCUCCAUCCAUUGGUGUUGGUGGAUUUUCACCUUUGCUCUUUGAUCAACAGCCACACAACAUGUAUCAAUUCUAUCAGCAUUAUACUCCUCCUCGUCCUUAUGAAGAAAUGGCCCGUCAACAUCAUCAUCCACCCACUCAUUUAUCACCACACGGUAGUCCUUUCUUAGGCCCUGGUGGAUUUGUGAUGCCCAACGCUAAUCCCAACUUUGUCCAUCCACAACCUUCCCUUUCUACUUCAACCAUUGGAAGUUUACCUUCUGCUUCAGCACCACAACCUCAUUCAAUGCCAAAUGACGACAAUGAUGAUGAUGACAAUGGUCAUGGGUCUCCCAAACCUAGCUCCUCACCUACUACUACAACGACGACAGAGCCCAAAACCGAGAUAGAAUAG